AUGAAUUGUACUCAAGUAUUUGAUGAAUUAGUAGGCUGUUUAUCUACUGGAGGUCAGUUCCGUCAUUAUUAUCGUACAGGAGAAUUUGAUAGUUGUAGUCGGUUUUUCACCAAGUAUCAAUUUUGUUUAAGUAAGGGGAAAGAUUUGAAAUUGGUUGAAGAAUGGCACCGUGAACAACUAGAAAUGAAUAGUCAACGAGGUGGAUCUGUAGAUGAUAUUUGGAAAGAGAGGGUAUGA